UAGUACUUCGAUUACUGUAACACGUUCUAUUGGAAACUGUCUUUGAAAAAUGUUUGGAAACUUCAGCUGGUACAAAGAGUUGCUGCUACUAUGUAACAAGUUUUAUCAGAGGCUGCCUUUGAAAACAUUUGUAAACCUCGCCUGUUAACUAGGGCUGGUUGCAAGGACUGUACAACUCACUUGUUACCACAGCUCUAUUUCCAAUUUGUUUCCAAGCACAAAUCCAAGCUCUGAUUAUGACCUAUAUGUGUCCUAAAUCCAGGUAAUAUGACAGAUUUAUGUUUGUACGUGAGCCUGUCUAGGCCCUGAGAGUAUCAGAUGUCAUUGAGUUUUAUGCACUGGGUACCAAACAUAGUUGCUUACAGAGUACAAUUCAAACAUACAUACAUACAAAAAGAGAAAGAGCAUAUCGGUAUAUUCCUGUUUAGAAAUUGACAGAAUUUUAGCUAAAGGGGUUCUUCCUAGAUCUUCCUAGAUCUAGAUGAAAAGACAGUAUUAUUUAUUCUCACUUACUUACAGACAUAGAACAAGGAAUAUUUUAUUUAGCCCUUUUGUUUCAAGCCAGGGGUUGGAUGCAGAGCAGAGUGGGGAGUAAGUCCUGGCAUCAUAGUUUCUGAGAAGGAGUUAGGACACUAACUAAGUAUAUACAUACAUUAGAAACCCCAUAUACAUGGGACAAGUACCCAUAUUUUCAAUUACUUGUGUCUGUUGCACCCCCAGGCUACGUAGGCACCUCAAAACCACACCGGAGCCCCAGAAUAUAAGCAAGCAAGCUGUUUAUUGAAGGUUAUACCCUGUUUCCCCUAAAAUAAGAUAUCCCCAGAAAAUAAGACCUAGUAGAGGUUUUGCUGAAUUGCUAAAUAUAAGGCCUCCCCGAAGUAAGACCUAGCAAAGUUUUUGUUUGGAAGCAUGCCCGCCGAACAGAACACCAGAACAUGCAGGAUCAGUAAAUGUACGUACCAUAAAGUGUUGUACAUGGAAAUAUUGGUAGUAACAAGAAAUUCUUGAUAGGAUUCACAGUUUGUCUGGUUAUGCUAGUUUAUGAUGACAACUACUUUACAGUAUAUAAUAAAUGUUCAUUUUUUUGUUCAACAAUAAAUGUGAAUUCUUCUUCAUGGAAAAAUAAGGCAUCCCCUGAAAAUAAGACCUAGAGCAUCUUUGGGAGCAAAAAUUAAUAUAAGACACUGUCUUAUUUUUGGGGAAACAUGGUAUGCAAGCAAUAGCAAGACAAAGUUCAGAGUCAGUAAAAUAGGUUUAAGUCCACAAAAGCAAGGUACUUGAAAAUCUUGAAGCAAGAGACUAUAAAAGUCACUCAAAGAACAUAGUCCAAAACCGGAUAUCAAAGGAAGUCCCAAGAAAGUUAUCAAGAAUAGUCCAAACAAGAUUAAUUCCAAGGCAUGAGUCAAACGAUAACCACAGGAAACAAGACUAGAAAGCAGGGUUACUCCAAGAUAGUCCAAGGUAUGAAGUCAAUGCUGAAACACAAGGUGAGGGUCUUGACUAGAAUAGAAAUCAAACGGUAAAGUCACUGGAGUAUCCAACUGGAUUCACAGGCCAAACCAAGGCUGGAACUUGAAGCAAGAUACAUGGCUGCAGGAAUACACAGGAACAUGGAACAAAGAUCUACCUCUCGUGAAUCAGGAGUGUUACCACCUCUGGCUGUGUCAGGGAAAGCAACCCUUUUUAAGGGAAAUCCAAGGUCUUUUUCCCAUGAGAAGAUUUCUCAUUAUUUUGCUUCAAAAGCAACCUUCUGCUCCUCCUCAAAAACUCCUUUCCCUCCUCUGGUGAGUUAUCGCUGUCUUCCUGUCAAACUCAUUAUCUCCCUCCCAUUAUCUCCCACAUUCAAACUAGAAUGUCCAUCUGGAACCUGGAGAUCUGACCUUGACUGCUCUGAGGAAUGUGAUUCAAAAUGCCUGCUUGCAACAAUUCUCUCUCUGGUCCCAAAAUCCACUGAGACAAACUCUGGCUGCAUCUCAGGCCCAAACCCAGAGUCCUGUGGUAAGGCAGUUGCCUCUGGCAAAGCAGGUGCAGGGACAAUAACUGGCCGAAUGGGACCAGUCUCAGGCUGGGCUACAACAGUGUCUGACAAAAGAUGUCAUCUCUAUGUAUUUUCUAGGUCCUCCAUUCUGCUUCUAGAGUAUUCUUGGGCCAGAAGUCCUUCAGUUCAAAUGGAUUCACUAUUAUCUGUGGUUCCACAUAUUUUUGUGAAGCUCUCAAAUAUACCCCUUACAGAUACAGUGGUUGUACUGUGCUAUCUAUCAGAUAUUGCUUCAUGUAGCAGUAGUGAAAGUAGUGAAAAUAACAGCUAAGAGAAGCUUGGUACUUGGCUGCCUUAAGGCUUCUGUUUUCAUUAUAUCAUUUCCAUUAUCUAUCUUUCCAGCCAGAGAGGGGUCUAACUAAUCCCUUUUAAUGUAAACAAACAUGUUCCUAUUUAAUUAGAAAUAGGAUUUCACUGGCCAUCUAUACAAGACCACUUACAAUCCAAUCAUCUAUGGGUGUCACUGGUCACCUUUAUUGGGGCUACCUGUCUUCAGAUAAUUGCGCCAUAUAUAACUUAAUUGAUCCAGCACUAUGGGAACAAUUACAUUUGACUUCACCUUUUCUACUGUUUUCUUUCCUAGAGCCAUCUCUUUCUUUAUCCUAUUACUGAUAGUAUUGCUGAAUGUCCAGACUACAUUACUCUUUUUCUUUUUCUUUAGAAUGAACAAACACAAAACAUUUCUUGACUGCUGAGAACCAGUAUUGUAAAGUAGUUUGUGUGUUGGAUUAGCACCCUGGAGACCAGGAUUUGAAUGCUGCUGGGCCAUGGAAUCCCACUGGGUGUCCUUGGGAAGGAGCGACUUGAGAAACUACAAGCCACUUCCAGUGUGAGAGAAUUGGCCAUCAGCAAGAACAUUGAAUAGGGGACACCUGGAUGUUUUUGAUGUUUUUACCAUCCUUGUGGGAGGCUUCUCUCAUGUCCCCGCAUGGAGCUGGAGCUGAUAGAGGGAGUUCAUCCGUGCUCUCCCCAUGUUGGAUUCAAACUGGCAACCUUCAAGUCAGUAACCUGCUGGCACUAGGGUUUAAAUCACUGUGCUACCGGGAGCUCCACUAGUUGAAACUGUUCCAAUGAAAUCCUAUUCACGCAGUUGCUAGACAUCCUAUUCUCAAUUUCUGUUAAAAUGACAGCAUGUAGGUCAGCUCUUGAAUUAUGUGAAUCUACCAACUGCAUUACAAGGCAGUGUAGAUGGGACCUUGGUCUCCUAUGUGUGACAGGAUUUUUCUGAGGAGCUAAACUAAAUGUGCACAUUUACACUGACCACUUAGUGAGAAGGGUUGACAAAUCAGCUUCCUGACACCUAAAUGACUCAUGGACCUGAUCCAGGUUAAUGCAAGCCAAAACUGCUUUACACUGCCUUGAACCAUGUUAAAGAAAGUCCCAGGUUGCUCUGCAUUCACCCCUAGAAUCCAGAACAAACCACUACAUUGGGCCAUGUAUACAGCUGGGCCAAUUCCAAGGUGGCAGCAAUGUGUGUGCAACAAGUGCAAGGUGUAUGUAUGCGUGAGUGAGUGAGAACAACAGAGAAAGGAGAGCUGGGGAGAACUCAUUGAAGAAGGCAAUGGAAAAACAUUACUGAAUUCCUUUUAUCCCCCUCCCCCAAGUCCCAAUGAGGAGACAAUCCAAAGAAGGGAUAAUAGGGGUAAUGUGUGCUAUAAAAGAGUUCUAAGUAAAAUUGUAAGGACUGUUUUCAUUACUUUUCAGAAACAGAUACCACCUAGUGGACUGUGUGUAUUAAUUUCCACAUCCCUUUGGAAUACUGUUCUACAAGUAAUAUGCAACAGAAGGGAAAGCAAUACUCUAUCUGUUAACUGAUGCCUAAUCUUCGUUCCACUUGUGUUCAGAUUUUAUAGAAUCCACUCGAAUAAUUCAUUAAGCUGGAUGUCAUUUCUGGCUGCAAUGUCUAAUGAGUGCAGCUUCUGGUGCAGCUCAGGACUUCAUGGCCGCCAUGGCAACCAUGGGGCUGUCCCAAUUAGUAUCUGGCCCUACCCACAGAGCAGGGCACACACUUGACUUGGUUUUCUGCCAGGGAGGGGAGGAAGGUGGCGGUGUGGAGGAGCUCACCAUCGCUCCUUUGCCAUGGACCGACCAUUACUUGAUCAGGUUUAGAAUCACUGCGCCCCCCAACCUCCGCAGGGGUGGAGGACCCAAAAUGGUCCGCCCCAGGAGGCUUAUGGAUCCGGACGGAUUCCUGACGGCUCUUGGGGAGUUUCCCGCCACCUUGGCUGGUGAUUCUGUCGAUGCUCUGGUCACUCUCUGGAACAAGGAGGCGACUAGGGCAAUAGACAUGAUCGCUCCGGAACGUCCCCUCUCGAGUACCCGAGCUAAACCAUCUCCUUGGUUCACUGAGGAGCUGGCAGCGAUGAAGCGAAAGAAGAGGGAACUAGAGGGCGUGUGGCGUUCGGAGCCGAACGGGCCAAACCGAACACGGCUGUGUUCCUAUCUUAGGGCAUACGCCACAGCAAUAGAUGCUGCAAAGAACGUUUUCUUUGCAGCUAAUAUUGCGUCUGCAAAGAACUGUCCGGCGGAGCUGUUCCGAGUUGUCAGAGGUUUGUUAUAUCCCGUCCCUCAAGACGGGAUCCCUGAUAACUCGGCAGCCCGCUGUGAAGUAUUUGCUCGGUUCUUUGCGGACAAAGUCGCUUUGAUCCGUUCUGGCUUUGACACCAUAUUAACGGCAGCUUCCGAGGAUGUAACACGAGCACCUGCUUGUCCCAUUUUGAUGGAUUCUUUUCAAUUGGUUGAGCUCGAGGAUGUGGACAAGGUGCUUGGAGAGGUGAGGGCUACCACAUGCAUCCUAGACCCCUGCCCAUCCUGGCUGGUGAGAGAAGCCAGAGGGGGGUUGGCUGAGUGGGUGAAGGUGGUGGUGAAUGCCUCCCUUCGGGAAGGCAUUUUUCCAGUGAGCCUCAAACUGGCUGUGAUCAAACCGCUGUUGAAGAAGCUAUCACUGGACCCCACUCAAUUGGAGAACCUUCAGCCUAUUUCCAAUCUCCCCUUUUUGGGCAAGGUCCUGGAACGUGUGGUGGCCGCACAACUCCAGGCAUUCUUGGUUGACACUGAUUUUCUAGAUCCGGCGCAGUCUGGUUUCAGGUACUGAGACAGCCUUGGUCGCCUUAGUCGAUGAUCUACGCCAGGAACUGGACAGGGGGAGUGUGUCCCUGCUGGUUCUGCUGGACCUCUCAGCGGCCUUCGAUACCAUCGAUCAUGGUAUCCUUCUGGGGCGCCUUGCUGGGAUGGGGCUCGGAGGUACUGUUCUGCAGUGACUCCGGUCCUUCCUGGAGGGUCGUUCCCAGAUGGUGUCAUUGGGGGACACCUGCUCGACCCCACAACCAUUGUCUUGUGGGGUCCCACAGGGGUCAGUACUGUCCCCCAUGUUGUUCAACAUCUACAUGAAGCCGCUGGGAGAGAUCAUCCGGAGUUUCGGGGUUCGGUGUCAUCUGUACGCAGAUGAUGUCCAGCUCUGUCACUCCUUCCCACCUGUCACUAAGGAGGCUGUUCAGGUCCUGAACCGGUGUCUGGCCGCUGUGUCGGACUGGAUGAGGGCCAACAAAUUGAAACUGAAUCCAGACAAGACAGAGGUCCUCCUGGUCAGUCGUAAGGCUGAACAGGGAAUAGGGUUACAGCCUGUGUUGGACGGGGUCGCACUCCCCCUGAAGACGCAGGUUCGCAGUCUGGGGGUCCUCCUGGACUCAUUGCUGAGCCUGGAGCCCCAGGUCUCGGCGGUUGCCAGGGGAGCAUUCGCGCAACUGAGACUUGUGCGCCAGCUGCGCCCAUUCCUUGGGAGGUCUGACUUGGCCACGGUGGUCCACGCUCUGGUUACAGCUUGUUUGGACUACUGCAACGCUCUCUACGUGGGGUUGCCUUUGAAGACGGCCCGGAAGCUCCAACUAGUACAACGGGCGGCAGCCAGAUUAAUAACUGGGGCGGCAUACAGGGAGCGUACCACCCCCCUGCUAAGCCAGCUCCACUGGCUGCCGAUAUGCUACCGAGCCCAAUUCAAAGUGCUGGUCUAUAAAGCCCUAAACGGUUCUGGCCCAAUUUACUUAUCCGAACGUAUCUCCUCAUAUGAGCCAGCUAGAUCCCUAAGAUCAUCUGGAGAGGCCCUGCUUUCGGUCCCACCUGCCUCGCAGGCGUGGCUGGUGGGAACGAGGGACAGGGCCUUCUCGGUGGUGGCUCCCUGGCUGUGGAACACCCUCCCCACAAAUAUCCGACAAGCCCCAACUCUUCUGGGUUUCAGAAAGGCUGUAAAAACAUGGCUGUGUGCACAAGCUUUUAACGAGUAAUAUGAUAACAUCGACAUGGUCCGAUUGAAGGCUGAAGCAUGCGGUUUUUAGACAAAUGGAUCUAAUUACUUAUGUUUUAAUUUUUAUAAUGUAUUUUAAUGAUGUAUUUUUAUAGUUUUAAUUGAUUAUAUGUACUGUUUUUUGUUUUAUCAUUAUGUUCUUGGCAUUAAAUGUUGCCAACUGUGUAAGCCGCCCUGAGUCCCCCCGGGUGAGAAGGGCGGGGUAUAAAUUCUGGAAAUAAAUAAAAUAAAUAAAUGAGGAAACUAUCAGGAAAUGAGCUCUUGCUUAGAAGCCUUUAUGUUACUGCUGACUGUAGAUCAAAGAUAGCUUGGCAGCAUUUACAUGGUAUGAUAAGAGUGUGGGAAAUAAUGCAUUUAGAUCAGGCAUGGGCAAAUUUCGGCCCUCCAGUUGUUUUGGACUUCAACUUCCUCAAUUCCUAACAGCCUCAGGCCCUUAAUAUAUUAUUAAGGCAUAGACACUGCAGCACAAGGCAGGGUAUUGAACUGAAUGAUGUAUUUUCUCGCUGAAUCUUUGUUAGCUACAAUACUUUUUUUACUUUCAGAUUAAUUACAUAUCAUACUGAGCUGCAGCAAAGCGUGGCCAGGUUUAGCUAAUUCUGUAUAAAACACAAAUAUAUGGAAACUUGUUUAAGCAAAAGAAAGCAACAUGUUACAAAAGGAACUGGAAGGAAGUUCAGAUUGCUGACAAAAAUGAUAAACUUAAAUGCACUAUGAAGCAAUUAAAUUGUCAGUCAAAUUGUCAAAACUAGAAUUUCCUUUUAAAAUGUCUUAAAAUGUCCUUUUAAAAUGUCACUGAAUACUUCAUUGCAUUAUAUUAUGUUCAUAUUUCAUUGCAUUUGCAGUGACCUGUGACUAAUAGAAAUAAAUAUAAUGGUUUCAUUUUU